CACACAAAGUACACCAUAUUGGGCCCCUUCAGAUUUUCGAAACGCUUCUCUUUGCACAACCACCACCACCAUGGCUAGAUCCCAGCAGCGGUAUCGAGGCGUCCGACAGAGGCAUUGGGGCUCUUGGGUCUCCGAGAUUCGCCACCCUCUACUGAAGACACGAAUUUGGCUAGGCACAUUCGAAACUGCGGAGGACGCUGCACGAGCAUACGAUGAAGCAGCAAGGCUCAUGUGUGGCCUAAAAGCGCGCACAAAUUUCCCAUACAAUCCUAACGAGCCCAUGUCGCAUUCAUCCACGCUUCUCUCAGCAGCUUUGAUGGCAAAGCUGCACAAAUGCAACAUGGCCUCUCUCCAAAUGGCCAAAACUACCAAACCUUCAGUGCCAAAGGAGGAGCCCCAAGAACAAGUACACAUGCCGCUCCCUUCUACCACCUGGAUUACCGGAAAAGGGGGCGAGAAGGUCAGGGAUUAUAGCGGAGCAGAACAAUGGGUAGAUCAUGGGAGCUGGGUUGGUGGUGAUCUGCAGGGGGUUCCUCAUGAUCAUCAUCAUCAUCAGCAGGAGUUUAUUAAGCCUCUUGAGGAUGAUCAUAUUGAGCAGAUGAUUGAGGAGCUUCUUGAUUAUGGCUACAUUGAGAUUUGUCCUGGUGUUUCUGCAUAGGCAACGAUGAACUCAAUUGCAGCUAGAGCUAGCAUUUUAGAAUCUUGUGUGGAAAUGCAAAAUUUUUUGUAUUAGCUUAUAUAGCCUUAUAUGUAAUAAAAUUAGUUAGAUGAGUUUAAAUGAAUGGUUAUUGAAUAAGGGCUUGUUUGGAUGUGCUUUU